CGGGGAGCUUCCGCUGCCCCACCAGGGCCCGCUGAUUGGCCGAGCCGCCAGUCCCUCUGGGACGUUCUCGGGAGGUGUGUGUGGCGCAGGAGGAUUUUCCCCGUUGUCUCUCCAGGUUCCCGAGGCGUCAUGGCGGAUACUGCAGAACGUGACGGCGGCACAGGCGGAGACAGCAUGGAGACGGACACCAAGGAGAGCGAGUCGGCGGGCACGGCAGCGCCUGAGGACGGUGGGGGGUCCCGGGCUGAGGCUGGGGAGAGCGAGGACGAGGAGGACGUGUUCGAGGUGGAGAGUAUCCUGGACUCCAAGAUAGAGGAGGUGAGUGAAGGGAGCCCCCCUACUGCACUCCUAUAUACCCCUACUGCACUCCUCCUAUAUACCCCUACUGCACUCCCCCUAUAUACCCCUACUGCACUCCCCCUCUAUACCCCUACUGCACUCCUCCUAUAUACCCCUACUGCACUCCUCCUAUAUACCCCUACUGCACUCCCCCUAUAUACCCCUACUGCACUCCUCCUAUAUACCCCUACUGCACUCCUCCUAUAUACCCCUACUGCACUCCUCCUAUAUACCCCUACUGCACUCCUCCUAUAUACCCCUACUGCACUCCUCCUAUAUACCCCUACUGCACUCCCCCUCUAUACCCCUACUGCACUCCUCCUCUAUACCCCUACUGCACUCCCCCUCUAUACCCCUACCGCACUCCCCCUCUAUACCCCUACCGCACUCCCCCUCUAUACCCCUACCGCACUCCCCUAUACCCCUACUGCACUCCCCUAUAUACCUUUCUACCGCACUCCUCCUAUAUACCCCUACCGCACUCCCCUCUGUACCUCUUCUACUGCACUCCCCCUGUACCCCUACCGCACUCCCCCUCUGUACCCCUACCGCACUCCCCCUCUGUACCCCUACUGUAAUAAGACCUCCUACACUCACUAAUGGCUGAGCAUCAUGGGACUUGUAGUCCACACCAGCUGAGAGUGCCAAGGCUGGCUGUCCAUGGCUGCUAACCUUUGGCACUCCAGAUGGUUUGGACUACAGCUCUCAUGAUGCUUUGCCAGCAUUCUAGCUGUAAGAGCAUUAUGGGAGAUGCAGUGCACAACCUCCCCCUCCCCCCUUGCUAGGGCUUAGCCACAAACACCUUGUUGUCAUGGACUGCACAUUAAAAGUGCUGACAUGCAGUGGGCAGCAUUCAUAUGCUACAGGAAGGACAUAAAAGAGCUAACCUUGUCAGUUCCACUCAGGAAUCCUCCUUUAUUCAUUCAUGAGAUGGCCUUCCUGCUGCGGCAUACUGCAAGGCAAUCCUUUUCAUGUACUGUUCAUAAGCAUGCGUCUUUACGAUAUGUCGUACAGCGCUACGGAAUCUGAUGGCGCUAUAUAUAAAUCAUAAAAUGUGUCCAGGAAAGCAUUGUUUAUUUUGCUGUCCUUUCACUAAAGUAAGUGACCCACUCCCCCCCUGGAGGUCACUAUGGGCUGCCACAGUCUGCCUCACAUUUUUUUUUUUUUUUUUUUAAAGCCAUGGUGGAGCAAAAUGACCUCUGGGAGUCAUGGGGUUGAUCUGUGCAGUUAAGUCGGGAGCAGGCUGCAAAACUGGGAUUAGUUGCAAUAUCUGUCAUCAUCCUGGGAGAUGGUUUGAGAGUAAUCCCCACAUAGUCUAGCCGGGAGCCAGCCUGCCAUUAAUCAGUGUGCACAUUUGCCUGAUCUGGGAUUUUUAUUUUUGCAGAUGGAUUUUGUAUUUCGCUAUUGGUCCACACAUCCUUUUUUCCCACCCCCUCUUUUAUCAGUGAACCAAUACAGAUAAGUGAAGGGGGAGAAGAGAAUAUUUGCAGGUCAGACAGUGACAUCAGAGAGCAGGGAGUUGCCUUGGUUAUAUUAACUACUUGUAGUCCCUCUUUGUAUCUAAAGCUAGACUAGUUGCAAAAAAAUAUGGAUAGUCCUUUAUUUCUCUGUCUUUGAGUAUCCCCAUAUUUUGACAUUGCACACGUGAUAGUGUUUAUUGUUUCGUUUAUUUUGAAUUACAUGUACAUGGUUUGUGAAAUAAAUUAACAUUUUCCAUCCUUGUACUUAUAAAAUGUUUAAGAAUUGUUUCAUUUUUUUUUUGCUUUGUGGCCUUAUUAUUUAAAGCAAUAUAUGGGUUUAUCUAAAGCGAUAUAAGGUUCACAACAAACUAAGCUAAGUUGGUGAAUUUUUCAAUUACCGUAAUUUUGACCUUUUAAUUUUAAAAAUCCCAAUAUAGUGAGUAAUUUGGUAAGAGUCUUGUUCCUCUGUAGUAUUGCAGAUGAACCCUAUGCCCCCAGAAUUGCGGACAGUGUCAUUGUGACUGUAGUACACAAUAGCUAAGGUGCCAAAUGUUGGCCACUUCUGCACCGUAGCUUUUGUACUCCUUGUUAUUCCUGGAGUGUUACAUGACCCUCUAUUAUUACAUUUUGUGUUGCACGGUACAGCUGCAUACAACAGCUGGAGAGGUCAUAGAUUUUUUAUGAAGGUGUUUUCUAUAUUUGUUUAUUUUGUAACUAAACUGUUAAUUUAAAUGCAUUGUUGGUUAAGAGCACAAACUGCUUUUAACCGUUUUCACAAUAAAGUAAUAUAAACGUCUGUUAAAUGUUACUUUGAAUUUUAAGAUGUUAAAGGGUUACUCCAACCCUUAAGAAAAAUCCAAAUUUAAAUAAAACCCGAUUUUUGGGUGAAGUAACCCUUGCCCCUCCCCAUAAAAGUUACAAAGAUAAAAUAAAUCUAAAACGUACACAUGCUGUGCGUGAUGACAAAUAUCCCAUAUACACACAAUUGACAACCAGCCUGGACCUCUUUUUUCCGUUCUCACUGACGCUCUGUCGACGCUGCCAGAAAUGGCAUCAAUGACGUUAAACUAUGUAUGUGCAGAGUUUUAUAAUGAAAUGCUGCACAUACAGAUUCCAGUUCAUAUCACUGAGUAUUCCGUUUAAUUACUGACUGAUGUAAAACUUUGUGUAGUUUGCCCAUAUUUAUAUUUGUGGUUGUGUUGUUGGCUGCCUGUCAAAACACACCGCACGUACAUUUCAUGGGCUCUCUUAGCAGCUGUCAUCAUCUGGUUCCUUAGCAUUGAGCAAAAGUAAUAACUUUAUUUGUGAUCUGACCACCACUGUAAAGGACCAUGAUUUGGCUGUAUGUCACCCACACAAAUGCAGAGACUUUUGAUGCAGAACACUUUACUUUUAAAAGAUGAAUAUAUUUAAUCUUCCUCCCUGCUCUCUUCGAUGACAUCAAAGUAUGCUAAUCUGCUUUUGUGCAGAGUCUGGUGUGUACAAGCUGGAGCGUAAAGCUGUCAGUCGCUCACAUGACUCGGCUAGUGUGUGAGCUGCUAUUUACUGCUGUGAAAAUAUUAGUUCUUUGUAUUUCAACCCUGUCUUAAAGGGCCUCUAUAGUGCCAGGAAACAUACUCGUUUUCCUGGCACUAUAGUGCCCUGUGGGUGCCCCCACCGUCAGGGUCCCACUCCUGCCGGGCUGGAUGGCGAGGAAAGGGUUAAAUCUUACAUUUUUUUUUUCCAGCGCCGGGCGGGGAGCUCUCCUCCUCCUCUUCGGCUGAAUGCGCAUGCGCGGCAGGGGCUGCGCGUGCAUUCAGCCAGUCUCAUAGGAAAGCGUUCAUAAUGCUUUCCUAUGGACGCUUGUGACUUCUCACUGUGAUUUUCACAGUGAGAAGCACGCAAACGCCUCUAGCGGCUAUCAGUGAGACAGCCACUAGAGGCUUUAGAGGCUAGAUUAACUCUAUUAUAAACAUAGCAGUUUCACAGUAUAAACAUAGCAGUAGCACAAUUUUUACACAAAUCUGGCAUUAACUGGACACGAUGACACCUAUCAUACUCCUAAGACUCUCAGGCAUCCAGUACAUGCUGGGAUUGGUGAGAUCACAGCAUUUACAUAGCUGUUCCUGAUAGGAGUGACACUCCUAUCACUGUCAGCCAGCCCAGUAGGUUAUGCACAGUCUCACCUCCCUGCCUUCAGCUGGGCUCUGCAUGCAGUAACUCGAAGGGAUAAGGUAAUGAUGUGGUACCUUAUUGACUGGCAGCUGGAGUUUCCGGGUACAAAGACGGCCCGCAGUAACUAGGAGAUGUCAUUUAAUGAUAUUACAGAUAACUUAGUCACAAGACUGAUACUGAUAAUCAUAAAUCUCUCUAGUAACUGAUCAUUGGUCUUUCCCUGCUAGGCAUUAACUAUUGUCUAAUGAAAUCAGAGUUGCAAAAUAUAGUUUAAAAUACCCCAAUUACCUGCAGAAUGUUUCCAGAUCAGCUCUUUUUUUACCUAAAUUUUGUAAUUUGGUUUUCCAUUCUCUAUAAUUUGAUGUCUAAAGGAACACUUCAAGCUCCAUAACCAUUACACCCUGCUGUACCGGUUCUGGCAUUGUCCCUGGGUUAGUAGUCAAGCCGUUUGCAAACCGUUUCACAAUUUGCUGAGCUAAUCCCUGCAGUGCAGGCUCAGUUGAUUGGCUGAAAGUGUCAGUUUAAUGCUCUCAGCCAAUGAGCUAAGCCUUGGUUUGCUGGGAUAGCUCCGUGGUGAGAGCUUCUGGCUCUCCGGGAGGAGAAGAUGACUGGCACUUGGUAGACCCCAUGUAAGUUGUCAAACUAUUUGCAAAUGGCUUGACUACUUACUCUGGCAUAUGUCAGGAUAUGCCUGGCACUAUAACUAUUUACAGCAUGCUGUAGUGGUUAUGGUGCUUGGAGUGUUCCUUACAUUUUAGUAGGAGUGCAUUCUAGAUCUAGUUUUUAACCCCUUAAGGACACAUGACGUGUGACAUGUCAUGAUUCCUUUUUAUUCCAGAAGUUUGGUCCUUAAGGGGUUAAAGGGACACUAUAGUCACCUGAACAACUUUAGCUUAAUGAAGCAGUUUUGGUGUGUAGAACAUGCCCCUGCAGCCUCACUGCUCAAUCCCUUGCCAUUUAGGAGUUAAAUUCCUUUGUUUAUGAACCCUAGUCACACCUCCCUGCAUGUGACUUGCACAGCCUUCCAUAAACACUUCCUGUAAAGAGAGCCCUAUUUAGGCUUGCUAGACCCUGUAAAAGCCUCCUGUAUGUGAUUAAAGUUCAAUUUAAAGAUUGAAAUACAAAUCUGUUUGAAAGUGAAACCAGUUUUUUUUUUUUUUGUUUUGUUUUUUUUCAUGCAGCUAGCUCCUGUCAAUCAUAGCCAGGUGUGGCUAGGGCUGCAUAAACAGAAACAAAGUAAUUUAACUCCUAAAUGACAGUGAAUUGAGCAGUGAAAUUGCAGGGGAAUAAUCUAUACACUAAAACUGCUUUAUUUAGCUAAAGUAAUUUAGGUGUCUAGUGUUCCUUUAAUCUGUAUCUGACAACUGAUAAAAUAAGACUAGUCUUGUGAUUUUUUUUUUUUUUUUUCUGCCCAAGGAUGUUGGGAGUUACAUUCUAGCAACCCAGUAGCUCCUUUGCAUCUUUUUUAAGAUAACCUCAGGAAGAGUAUAGAGUGGUUGGAGAGUGUAACCUGGAAAAGAGGUCAGGUUGCCUAUUCAGAAAUAUAAAUAUAUAUAUUAUAUAUAUAUAUAUUCUCCCUAGUUGUUACGCAGAGAGUAAUUUUUAAUCUGUACACAAUAUAAAUAGUUCAUCAUAUAUGUUUUAAAUCAUAGCAAUGUAAUGAAAUUUAAACAAUAAGUUUGUUUUUGUUUGUUUAUUUUAACUGUUAAACCAACCCCAAAAAAGUGUUUAAUGUUUAUAUAAUUUUGCUCCAUGUUGUAUAAAGAUACUCAAACAAUAUCUCAAUACAAUAUAUAGCAUGUGUAUAGACCAAGCAAUAUCCAUAUUGAGAUGCUGACGUGCUUAAUUUGUGAAGAUUAUGUCCAGAUUUCAAUCGAAAAUUGCACAUGGAGGUUUUUUUAGUGUUGUGUUUUUUUUUAGAUAAAUUAACCUUGUUACACCCCACUGGCUGUUGGACAACUGGUCCUGGUAGUUUAGCACAGUGAAGCUGUCCUCACAGUUUAGACAAUUGCCCAUGUCUUGCAAAGACUUCUCAUUAAAUAGCAUUGGAAAGUCUGUGGUUGGAUAGCCAAAGAAAGUCUGAGCUGGGGAAGAAGGGGAUAGCUUGCAAAGGUUUCAGACAGUAGAUCUGUAGCUUUUUCAAGCAGGUUUAAUAGACGUCCUGUGAAAAAUGCAUAAUUAAGUGUGUGUUUACAUUGGGGGUAUAUCUGCUAUGCAGCAAUUUUUAUUUUAUUUUGGAUUUGGGCUCUGGAGAGUUAUUUUAACGUUGUUUUGCUUGUUCCCUUCCAUAUAAGACAUGUAUAGGCUGUAAUAUAACUAAUGGUAUUUCUUAAUUUUGUUCCCUCCAGCCAUGAGGAAGGUUUAGUUAGUGCUUGAACGCUUGCUGCACUAUGCACACUGCUAAAUAAAACUCAUUCAUGGCUAGCCGGUGUAUAAUUAACAGGCUUAUCCUAUCUGCUUCUGUUUUUACUUGUGUUUUUUUUUUUUUUUUUUUAUUCUUUAUUUUUCGUGCAGAAAAUUACAAAACUGGUCUGCAAUGCCACGACAGAAAAACAAACCAACAUAGUCAAAACCGUUAUACAAUGUCAUGGCAAAUAAGAGAAGUGCACAUUUUUAUAUAUAGUAGUCAUGCUUAUUCCGUAGAUUUAUAGUUAUAUAGUUAUAUAGCAUCCCUGCACCUUGUUAGUAGUAGUAACUGAGAGCAUGAGUAACUUUAUGCAGGGAAUGAAUGAAUGCUCAGGCUAGCAGUAAGAUAUUAGGCGUUUCAGGAUGGCUCACCAGUAUACAGGCGGUAGUUGAGUGCUUAAUAUACCAUUACUUAUGUAGCUACAAUGGUUUGUACCAGCAAUGCUGUAUAUAUUCUCAAUAUGUAUAAGCUACGUGUCUGAAUUAUUGGGGAGACUUAAUAGGCUGCAUUAAGCUGAUGGAUGGCCAUGGGGGCCUAGGAGACAAAGCGUACUUUAUCUGGGCAGUAACCUGCUAAAUAAUAACUGUUAAACAUUAAAAUAGAGGCAAUCAUCAGCCCGCUACCCAGUUGUGGGGCAAAGUAUGUCCCCCAGUCCUUCACGACCUGGCUCUCUGGUCUGCGGGUCUGGAAUGCGUCCAUAUGAAAGGUAAGGGUGGUCGGCAGUUGUGGCUGGUCCGGCAACAGGUAGGUAGGUAGCGCCAGUCUCGGAGGCUCAGAGAUUUAGCCAAUGCCUCUACUGGGCCACUUCACGCAGUCUCUGUGAGCUGAGCCUCUGUGGACUCCAGCCCCCACCGCCUCCGUCGGUCUCCAAUCAGUGCCAGCUCUCCACGCAGUGUACAGGUUCUCUCCUGGGUAGGUCAGGGUGCUCCGUUCACUGCGGGGUCUUAGGCCGUAGGCGACUUGGUGGGGGUGUUGGUGUCUCAUUUUGGAAGAGGGUCUCCGCAGGGGGUUCCUGCGGACGGGCUUAACCCCUGGAGUUGACCGCCGGGCUUGCUUCCUCCUCCGCCUGGGUGCCACACCAAUCCGCUCCGAGUGGGUUGACACUGACCUUUUGAGGUGUAGGAGGUGAGUGGUGUGGCAUACUUUCCUCUGCUGCCGCUCCUCGAGUCUCUGCCAGAAUUCCUCCAGAAUUUUGUCCAGCUUAGCUAGGGUCGAGGCUACCGGGUCUUGUGGCAUGGUGGGUGGCCCGGCAUCCGCCAUCUUAGGUCGGCUAGGGGGACAGGCCUCCCUUCUCAGCCCAUGCCGGGCGACAGGGCCAUCGGUGACCAGUGAGUGUAGCUGGGGUGAUGGUGCUGGGGUAAUCCCCGCCGGCAAGGGGGGGAACGGGAUCCCGUGCGGAUUCAGCUUGUUCCAGUGGGAGGAUAAGCGGGGAGAUCGGCCGCUUCUCCCGCGCUCCCACCCCCAGGUAGGCCGCAGUGGCGUUUCAGUUUUAAUCUGUUUGGCUUGCCUCAGUUAGGUUUUAGAUUAAAGCAGGAUUGCGUGUAGGCUGCAUCCAGCGUUCAGAUUGCUGUUUUGGGGCUAGCUUGGGUGAGUUUUGUAAAGGUUUUGCAGAUUCUCUAUCAGAGCACACUACACAUGCAGCCAUUCAGUUUGCAAGCCAGGCCCCGCCCCCUACUUGUGUUUCAUGUGUUGCAUGGGCAUGCUCCCAGCAUUUCAUAGCAUUUUGCUUGAUUGGCUAUAUGUAUUUUUUGGGGGUUUUAUAUAAGACUGACUCUCAUUUGAGAGUGUUUUUAUAUUAACAUUUCCACUCUUGUGCACUUUUAAGGUUAUUUGGGGGAUUGAAAUGUACAUAUUCUUCAUCAAUGUGCAGAAUCAGAAAUAGGUUCUAAAAUUCCGAUAGAAAUUUGGCUUGAAUAAUACAUUUUUUGUUUUGCUUUUUGAAUUACUACAACAGCAAUGUGCAGCAAUUCAUUUCUUCCACCUAUAAAGUCACUUGUAAUCCUUUUAUUUUUGCAGGGUGAAACGUUAUAUCGUGUCCGGUGGAAGGGAUAUGAUUCUGAUGGUGAUACCUGGGAGCCAGAGGCCCAUCUGGAUGACUGUAAAGAAGUUCUUCUUGAAUUUAAACGCAAACAAGCGGAAAGUAAACAGAAAUCAGCCAAGAAGGAAACACCUGUAAUUAUCACUCCAAAUGAUCGAAAUGAAUGCACUUUAGCCUUUUAAAUCAUGUUUCUUUUAGUACCUCUCUAUAAUUCCAUGUAAUCCUUUUAUGGUUGAAACCCAAUAAUUUGGUUAAAGAAUAGGCUAAAAGGGAUUAUCAUGCAUUACAGACAGACAUUAGCAUAAAGGGAAAUUAUGCGCUGCAGGUUGACAUUAUAACAUACAUAGAAAUAUUUCUAAGGAAAUUACAUAACCAAAUAGCUGUAACAAUUAUCCAAUGUUUUUACUAUUUUCAUUUUGUUGGGGGUUACAGCCCAUCUGAUGCUGUGAAGGCAUCAGGCCCUACUAAUGUUUCUUGUUUGGAGGAUAUAUGAUACUGUGGAAAGUAUACCUCGGUGUAUAUGUACUUUAACUACAUUAUGGAUGAAGAUGCUCAGUUGCAUCAUGGAAAUAAAUCCGUGCUGGCACCUAAAAGUCGUGCUGAGAUACUGAGCUCCAGAUACUAGUAAACAUUUUCACCACACAAUAUACACAUUUGAGCAUUAUUGUUAAUAGUAUUGUGAUAUUCCUGGGAUGUGGGAUUUGUAUCGCCAGACACCCAGGAGUUUAGGUGCAAGAGGGAGGACAAUGUUUGAGGUAUGGAGUGUUAGCGCUUCUUUCUCAGAAGAAGCUCAAUCCGCUUUUCCGGCAUGCUCUUGUGAGUCAGAGUGCAGAGCUUGGGACUCCCCGCAUAAUCUCUGGUCUCGGACUCAGUGAGCUCCAGAACUGCGAGGAGCAGAAUUGCUGAGGUGUAGAUCUGAGGUCCGUGAGGCAUGUACUCAAAUCUAUUGAAGCCCAAAAGAUUUGUCUUAAUGACUGGUGAGCGUAAGAGAUCCAGUACACGCGCACACACACACCAUGUAGCCAACACACACACACACCACAUAGCCAGCGUGCGCCCACACACUCACCCACUCCAUAUAGCCGACUUACACACUAUGGGGGAGGACAGAGGGAGAGACACUAAACUUCAAAUUUUUGCACAUUAAUGCCGAAUGGAGGAAAUAGCCUGUUAUGACACUAGCUGAGUUAGUGUAUUUUUCUAGAUAAGCUAUUUUGGUGUCAGGUUUUUUUUUUUUCUCUCUCAGAUUUCAUCUGGGAAAUUGAAUAACCCUACCAUUGUCCAGGUGUAAGCCUGGUCCCCAAACUUUCUAAUUUUAACAUUUUGUUUCAGGACAAGUAAAUUGGUUUUCCACUUUAGUCCUUUGGACAAGUUAUUUAUUUUUAGUUUCUACACCCCUGCUGUAGGCAUCCAGACAUAUCCCUGAAUGGAACCCAAAAUAAAUAUUUUAUAUAUUUAUCUUUUAAGGGAACACUCACUGCAGUGACAACAUAGCUGGGGUCCACUGGGUGUCCUCAGCUUCUUUUGCCCCCAAAAGCUCCUACCACUGAGCUAAACCCAGCUGUUCAGAGUGCACUGCAAGGUUUAUCUCCGUGAGCUAACGGAAGCUCUGGGUUUUGGCUUUCGAGGAGGUGGAGUUGGGAUCUAGCCGGACCCCAGGUGAUUUGUUGAACUUUCUCGAACGGUUUGACUACAUACACCUGAGAUAGGGAACAUCAGGAGACGCCUGGAACCAUAACCACUACAAUUGUAUUUGUUAUGGUGCUUGUAGUGUUGGAUCAAUCUAUAAUUUAAAUGUUUUACUUACAAUGUAUAGCUUAAGUGUUUGAAAAGGCUUCACAGGUCAAGUGUAAAAUAUCCACUCAAGUCAAAGCUGUAAUGUCUUACCAUAAACAUAGUGAUGAUUGAUAAACCCAACAAAGCCAUUGUUGCCCAAAAUUAACAUCGUGUCAUACAAAAUGGGUUUAGAUGUAAGAUGUGUAGAUUAAUUUGUUUUUGUUUUUUACCCUACAUUAAAAAAAACUCCACAUUUUUAUGUUUUCAAUUAUUACACACAUGCAGGACUUUUUGAUAUUUUAAACUGUCAUAAAUUUCUAAUUACGGAUGUCCGUGAGACAUGUGCUCCAAAAAUAAGUAGCAGCAAAUAUAUAACCUGCUGCACUUGUAUUUGGGAGAUUCACUGUUGACCAAAUAUUAAAGUUCCUGUCAAUGCAGAUUACAUUUUGUUUUUCUUAAACACUAUUCUUGAUUAUAAACUAAAUAAAUAACAUACUAAUUCCUAAGCACUCUUCCUUGUACGCCCUUUGAAUGCAAAUUGGACAUGAAUAAAUGAAAUUGCAUGUAAUAUUUUCUUUUAGAAACAUUUAGGAAAGAUCUACAACUAACUUUUGCAAAGUUUUUGAAAAUGUAUUACUUUCACAGACGUAUUUGUUUAUAUGACUAAAUCCAUACUUUGUGUUUGUAUGGCAGAAAUUAUCUUUAAGUGAUGUUUACGAGGCAGAUUCUGACAGUGAGCCACAAGGAGCCAGAAAAGAUGCAUCACCACACAAAAAGAAAAAAAAAUCUAGAGAUGAAGAGGAUGAUGACAAGGAUGAUUUAAAGACAAAGAAAGCAAAGUCUGGAAAAUCAAAAGAGAGAACUAAAUCCGAGUCAGAGCCAGCAGAGAACCAGUCUCCAGAACCUAAACCAAAGAAAAGGACAUCCGAAGGCAAAGAAGAUUUGAACAACAAAAAGCAAAAGAAGGAGGAUUCUAAAGAAUCAAAAAAAACUAAGAAAGAAGACAAUAAAGACUCCAAAACGAAGGGCAAAGAAGAACAUAAAGAGAAAAAGCACAAGAAGGAAAAACCAAUUGAAUCCGAACAACCAAGUCAAGCAGAUGAGUUUUCCCAAGAUCCUGUGUCAGAAAAUAUGAGCAUCGACCAGGCACCAGAUGAGAAAGCAAAAACCAGUCAAGGCACAGAGGACAAAAGUCGAGAGGCCAGUCCUGAAAAGACUAGUGAUCUACAUGGUAUGGAAGAUGAAUCUGAUGAUGCGAAAUUGAAACGAAAAAAGAAAAAGAAACACAAAAAAAUAAAAACCGAUAGAGUUGAUGAAGUAAAGUCAACACCCACUGAAGAGGUCCAGCUGGAAAAAAAGAGUCUUCCAAAGAAGCCAAAAGUCUUUGAAAAGGUGAAGGAGCCACCUGCUGUGGAGAAACUCCCAGCUCCAAUUCAAAAGAACUCUAGACCAAGCACUGAGGAGAAGACCCGGAGGUCACUGGAAACUUCAGUAGAGGUAAGAAGUUAACAAAAUUCUGCAAUAAAUGAGUCGGAAAAUGUAAUGAAGAUUGGAUAUCUCUGUAAAUGCUAUCAUUGUGUACGAAUGAAAAGCAUGGGUUUUAUGAUCUGGUCUUAUGACAACAUAUGGCUUGAUUUAAAGAGCCUUUAAAAAAUUGGCAUGCCUGACUUUUAAAGAGACAUUGUAUAACUUGAUUCCUGUACCUAACCUAUUUUCUGUUAACCAACUUGGGGCAACUUUUUAAAAUAUUUUUGUGAAGGUAAUGAAUUGAAAUGGGAAGCUUAGAAAUUAACAUGCAAGAUUCCCUCUUGCUAUGGUAACAUCUGCUGGAACAGACAGUUGCCCCUUGUUCUCCCAUUUUGUUCAGUGGGAGAAAUGUCCCGUACACACAAACACUGAUAUAAGUAGUUGCUAUCAGUGUUCUGUUGAAAACUAUAGACUUUUAGGCAAAUACUGCUGGCAGAAGAUUCAUUCAUAAAAAUAAUUUACUUUCACAAGUUAAUUGGAGCUACACAGUGUCUCAUAGAAAGCUAUAAAAGAGCUGUACAGAUAUACACAUUAAACAGUGCAGCAUUUGUGCGCCAAUGCAUUUCCAGGAUGUCACAGAUCAGUGGCACAAACACUGUUUAAACAGCGGAGAAAAAAAGUUCACCAUAAUUUUGUACUAUGCCAGUGCGUGCUAACAUGAAAUUGCAUAAUUUGAUUACUUGUUAUCACAAAAUAUUCCUCCGAUUUGGCAUUUAUGGUAAGCUGAAAUUGGGCCAAAAGGUUAAAGGAAGACAUUGCUAGGAAUGUAAAGGUAAAGAUAACAUAUUACUUAAUUUAUUACAUCCAGAUCAUUUACUAGCAGUGUCUCUGAAAUGGGUUAAUAUAAACGUAUAAAAAUAGUUGUUUUGCUAAAUUUUUUUAAUAAGCACACAAUUUCUGUAGGAUAAAGAGGCCAGAAAGCCAGAUACAGGAAAAGAGAAACCGAAGAAGAAACAUGACUCUGAAAAAGAUCUGAAAAAAGAGCCAAAGGUCGUGAAAAGUGAGUGUGCUUUUUUUCUUGGAAGAUAUAAUUUUUUUGCUUUUUUUUAUUUAAUUUUAACUCUGCUUUAGAAAAAAAUGUUUUUAGAUGUUUAAAUGGAUAAAAUGCAAAAUAUGAAAUCCUAUAUUGAUCCAGUGUAAAAUCUGUGAUGAAGUACCCAUAAUUCCUUAUGACAUCAAAACCAUGUCUUGUGGUGGAGAUGUAGACCAUGUGCUUUGUUCCCCUUGUAUAGGUGAUGCAAUGAGAUCUUUGUUGCCAUAGACAACACUCUUGAAUUGUGAGCGUUUAUCUUUCUUUCCAACCUAUUCAUAAAUUGUAUACCUUUUCUUGCUGGUGGAACAUUUCAUUCCGCACAGUCGGCUCUCUCAGAUAAUCCACUGGAGGGACACGACAAAGGUUUUCUAUUCUUGUUUAGGGAUACAGCGGGAAUCUGCUUUUACUUUCAAAUCGCUGCAUGCGCGGUCAUUGUCAGCUGGCAGUUGUUUACAUUGUGCUGGCAACCUAGGAAUAAAAAACUCCAUGCUGGAAGUGACUCCUGUUUCUUUUAAUGCAUAUCUUCAUAUUGAAUUAUAAAUGAACACCAAUAACAUUCACCUUCCUGCUGUUUUGGCAAAUCCACAGACAAGCAACAGAGAGCCCCUCCCAGACCCGGAAGAGGCUGUUAUUCUCUAUAGAGACUGGUCAUAUCCUUUACAUUUAUAGGUCAGCCUUCAGCAGCAGUUCCACACGUCUUGUUUAAUAGGGUCGGUGGAACUGCUCAAUAUGCUCUGUUAAUCUCGGCAGCUGUUCUGUACUUUUUCACAUAAUGUUCAACCUUGUAGAGAGGGCAGAGCAACGUGGGAAAUCUACUUUACAAAAUGUGGUGUGCCAACUGUAAAUGCUGACAUAUGUUUGCUAGUUAUACAGAUUUGAUCCUAUCUCCUUAGACGAUGUUUAUAUUAAUUGAGCAGAUAUGUUUUUGCUUCUAUUAGUAGGUUUUUAUCAGUUUAUUAAACACUUCAUUAUGAAAAGUCAUAUAGCUCAGCCGGUCUGCUCUCCUGAUAUCUGCACAAGUCAUUAUGUUUACAUAGAUAUGUACCCCAUAGGUACAUAUCUUUAAGGCUGAUUACCUGAACUCACAUUUUGUGCUUAUAUGACUUUGUUUUGCAACUACCAUGCCAUGUUUGGCACUAGGAACACUGAUGCUGGCCGUCCCUGCCUGUUAUUAACCUAAUGCAUUCUAAAAUGCUCUCAUUAUUCCUAUUCACACACGCUGUGUAUUGUCUGCCUUAAUAGCUUAUUUUUAGUGAAACGUGCUGUACAAUACCAGACUUAUCUGUUUGAUAGCUAGCAUACUGUGUAAUUCUGACCUCCUCCUGUUUUUGGAAGGCUAAACUGUGGUUGUGCACCUAUUUGCAAAUAGUGCUGCUAUUUCUAUUUCCAAUUCCAGCUUUGCUUAAACAUAAAAAUCUCUUCACUUUGUUAGCAAUGAACUCUUACAUAGAAACAUAGAAUGUGACGGCAGAUAAGAAGCAUUUGGCCCAUCUAGUCUACCCAAUUUUUUUUAAAUACUUUCAUUAGUCCCUGGCCUUAUCUUAUAACUAGGAUAGCCUUAUGCAUAACACACGCAUGCUAAAACUCCUUUACUGUGUUAACCUCUACCACUUCAGCUGGAAGGCUAUUCCAUGCAUCCACUACCCUCUCAAUAAAGUAAUACUUCCUGAUAUUAUUUUUAAACCAUUGCCCCUCUAAUUUAAGACUGUCCUCUUGUGGUGGUUUUUCUUCCUUUAAAUAUAGUCUCCUUCUUUACUGUGUUGAUUCCCUUUAUGUAUUUAAAUGUUUCUAUCAUAUCCCCCCUGUCUUGUCUUUCCUCCAAGCUAUACAUGUUAACUUCCCUUAACUUUUCCUUGUAAGUUUUAUCCUGCAAUCCAUGAACCAGUUUAUUAACCCUUCUCUGAACUCUCUCUAAAGUAUCAAUAUCCUUCUGAAGAUACGGUCUCCAGUACUGCGUACAAUACUCCAAGUGGAGUCUCACCAGUGUUCUGAACAGUGGCACGAGCACUUUCCUCUUUCUACUUCUAAUACGUCUCCCUAUACAACCAAGCAUUCUGCUAGCAUUUCCUGCUGCUCUAUUACAUUGUCUGCCUACUUUUAAGUCAUCAGAAAUAAUUACCCCUAAAUCCUUUUCCUCAGAUGUUGAGGUUAGGACUCUAUCAAACAUUCUGUACUCUGCCCUUGGGUUUUUACGUCCAAGAUGCAUUAUCUUGCACUUAUCCACAUUAAAUGUCUGUUGCCACAACUCUGACCAUUUUUCUAGUUUACCUAAAUUUGUCCUAUCCCUCCUGGAACAUACCUUACCAUCAAGACCUUCUGCAAUAUCACUAAUAAAACCAUUAAAGAGAAUGGGUUCAAGUGCAGAUCCCAGAGGUACCCCACUGGUGACAAGCCCAUGCUUGGAAUAUACUCCAUUGACUACAACCCUCUGUUGCCUGUCACUCCGCUACUGCCUUACCCAUUCAACAAUAUUGGAAUCCAAACUUAAAGAUUGCAGUUUAUUGAUAAGCCUGAAUGCAGUUAAAAUGUUAUUGCAUAUAAAGUGUCACCAUGUGCUGUUUGCAUGAAAAGUUUAACACCAAUUUAAUUUGAAAUCUAAAUGUCAAAAUAUCUUCAUAUACUUUUAUAAUAUCAGUGGGCGGUUGGCAGAUCAUAUGGGCUACUAUUUUGCUGAACAAAUUUGGCUUAUUAAAUCAGCAUUUUGUACUUUUAUAACCUAUGCAGAUGCCAAGGAACCCAAAAGUACAGCGAGUGCAUUUUCCAUAUCGUCUGAAGAUGUGAAUGAAAUCAUGGAGAAUUCUCGAAAGCGAGAAGACCCCUCAUUUGAUCAUAGGAUUGCAGAAGAACCAAAACCUAAAGACCUGAAGCCAGUAUUCAAAGAAAGAAAAAGUACAAGGGAUGAAUCUGACACAUGGUCUUUUGUAGCUUCUGAGGGGGAUCAGGAGGUGAUGGACCCAGUAUGUCACCUGCAGGAAAAUUCUGGUACAUAAAGUUCCCAUACACAUUCCAUAUCACUAUGCUAUGUAUUUACUAUAUCAAUCAUUUUUUGUUUUGCUUUAUAAUUACCUUGACUCUCAAUUGCUGAGUAAUUAGGCAGUUUUAGUGUACCACUUGGUCACUGUUUAAUAUAGUGACUAAAAUAUGUGAUUUGGAGACCAUUGUAUUCCUCUGGGAUUUCUCCUCCGUGCGGUCUUUGUUUACAUUGUUACUUGUUUAUAUAAGCUAAGUAAUUCUUAUUUGAUAAUAUUUUUAUUGGAAUGGUUUUGUCACUAGUCAAUUAGAUGUGUGUUUUAUUUUGUUUCUUUCUUGUGGAUACCACUAAUGUAAUUAUGAAGAAAAAAGCAAAAAACAAGCUCUUUAUAAUAUCAGCGUUUGUUUUCAGCUGCUUUGGAGAGUAAGUCCCAGUGUAUGGGACUAGGGAUGGACUUACAGCUGGAAUGGAUGACUCUGGAAGACUUUCAAAGCCACCUUGAUGGGUCUGAUGAGAUUCUUCCCACAGAAACUAUAUCCAACGGUAUGUUAUGUCAUUUCCUGUAUUUCUCUGUGACCAACUGUUGUUGUUUUUUUCUGGUUUGGUUAAUAAAGUAUUUUCUUUCUAAUAGGUGCAUUGAAAGAUGCUGUCAAAAAUGGAGAUUACCUCACAGUAAAGUUUGCCCUGAACUCAACGGAGGAGUACAAUUUAGAUCAAGAGGUAGUUGUAUGCAUGCAUGUUUUUAUUUUACCUUGUGCUCUUAUCACAUAAUGAUCAUUUUUGGUUUUUGGAACAUCACUAUGAAUAACUGUGCAGAUGCUCUAGAAUUUCAUAUUCUACAUGUCUUGGCUACAUCCCCUUUACACCUAUGACAUGCUGUUUUGGUGGUUGAGCCCAGUAAUUAUUACACAAAUGCAAACAAUAUUACGGUAUGUAUUUGUACCUGUUUCACUAUGUUCUUGGCUAAUAAGAUGCCACUUUAAUGUAGGAUUCUAGCGGAAUGACACUUGUAAUGAUGGCAGCUGCUGCCGGACAGGAUGACCUUCUAAGGCUUCUUAUAAAGAAAGGCGCAAAGAUAAACGCAAGACAAAAGAAUGGGACCACGGCUCUGAUCCAUGCUGCAGAAAAAGUGAGUUCUUCCAGUUAAUAGUUUUUGGCUAGCGUAUGUGCAAAGAUUUGGCUGCUUUGGAAUACUAGAAAAUGUGCUGUUAAGAUUCAAGUAAAGCUCACUGCAACGAGACAUAGACAAGUUUAUCUGGGCUCACAAACGCCACCGCCUGGCCAGGGAGGUGAUGUACCGGCCAAAAACCAGGGGGGGACUGGGUCUCCCGAGUCUCUACUGUUAUUACCUGGCGGCGCAGUUGGCCCAGGUGGUGGCGUGGCACUCCCGGGUGGGCUCCCAUAGGUGGGCGGACCUAGAGUCAAGCCUGAUGUGCACGGACCUACCACAAUUUUGGAUCUGGGUACCCAAAAAAGAUAGACCACCCAUUCGCACUACGUGCCCGGCAAUACUUAACACACUCCGAAUUUGGGACCUCACAGCAGACAAAUACAACCUCAAACACACCCCAUCUCCGAUGACCCCAUACCUCCACAACAGGGCAUUCCUGCCGGGACUGAGCGCGCGAGAUUUCCGGGGUAUCGAGAGCACAGGGGUACAGAGAUACGUCCACCUAUACGAUAAGGGGAAAUUCAAAACGUUUGAACACCUGAAAACCCUAGCCCCCCUGACCACGAAAGACAUAUUCCGCUAUAUCCAGCUUAAGGACUUUGCUAACGGCCCAGAGAUCAAACAGGCAGCACACACACCCAUGACGUUUUUUGAACGACUGUGCGACACAGAGACUGAACAGAAAGGACUGAUCACACUUCUGUACGCACACCUCAGUGCCCCAGACAGAAACACCCCGGACCCCAGAUACAUUAGACAGUGGGAGACUGAUCUGGGUGGAUAUAUGGGAGGCGGCUGCAAAGUCGUCGAUCUGUGUUCUCCACCAGGAACAAUCAUAUAAAAUGUUAAUGAGAUGGUAUACCACACCAGUACAAUUAUACAGAAUGGGGCAAACCACAACAGAUACGUGCUGGAAGGGAUGCGGACAUAAGGGCACAUUUGUGCAUAUGUGGUGGGAAUGCCCAGUCAUAGGCAGGUAUUGGAAACAAGUACAGACUUUAUUAACGGACGUCCUGGGUAGACAGGUGGAAAUGGACCCUUGGUCCGUCCUGCUGUCUAGGCCAAUAGAUGGCCAACCCAGACACGAACAACUCCUAUUCAACAAAAUCACCCUGGCGGCCAGACGGGCACUAGCCCAGGCGUGGCGGACACCCUCAGUCCCGACAAAUACCGACGUCAUCUUAAAAAUUAAAGACACUUACUUAAUGGACAAACUCACUGCCCAAAUAAGAAACACGGAAACGAAGUUCCACAAAGUCUGGCAACCAUGGGUGGAAUACAUAGGCGACUAGGACAUACAGCACUUGACGAGAGCAAGAGACAGGGCCCGCCGCGUGCUCCUCCCCCCCCCCCUAUAUAAAAUGUGCAGAUAUAUCAACUGCCACUGUUAUACUGUAUACGAUUAUACUUUUGCUCCUACUGUCGUGGCAGGGUAAGACUGAUUUGUUAUGUGCACAACCAAAAUAAAGAAUUAAAAAAAAGAUUCAAGUAAAGCUGACUUCACAGACGUUCUCUAUGGUAUUCGAUAAUGGAUGAAAUACAUCCAAUGUCAGUUCAUGGUUUGUUAGAACCAGACACUUCAUAUUCGUUGGGCCACAGGCAACUGCAACUAAUUAUUAGUUUACAGUAUAAAAUAUUAUGUGGAAUAUAGCUGAAAUCCAAUGCCAAGUGUGGCACACUGUUUCUGAAGACCACAGUCUCCAAAUUGUAGCUGUGAUAGAGAAACCACGGGUUCAACAGGGUAGGUGCAUAAAUGUAAAUGUAUUGGAAAUAGAAACACAAAGUAAAAAGCUUUUGGCCAGGAGGUUUUACUCGUGUAUAAUGGAACUAUGUACAUAUUUCAGUUUACCUGAAAAUUUGGCUCAAAAAUAAAGACCAGUCUCACAGUAUGUGUUUUUAUAAUAAGUAGUAACUAAACUCAAACCGAUGUCUAGUGAAAAAACAAUUAGCAUAAGUAUGUAGCAUCACAUAAUAUAUCAUGGAUGCAGUACAUGGAGAGGAAGAGUAUAUAAGAGAAACCAUAUAAGCCACUAAUGAAUCAGAUUAUGUGUAUGAAGAACCAAGAAGGUAAAUCAAAGUCUGAUACUAUGUAAACAGCCAGCUCUGUGGUACCCUGGUGUACAAGUCACAUGACCAUGUCGUUGCCAAGGCAGCUGUAAUUCAAUAACCAUAUGCUGUCGUUUGGCCCUGUGAAUAAAUAGCUACAUCUAUAUAAAUGGGGGAGAAGUGGGGGGUGAAAUUCAGGUCUGUUGUGGGAUGUAUUUAUGGGAUAAAAUUCUCCAAUGCUAUCAAAUGAUGUGAAAUACACCCUUGUUUCUAGGGCUAAAGGUGGUAAUGGAUGGCGAUUCUUUUCAAUGAUAUGGAGGGUUUUUGGUCUAAAUUUCCCAUAUGUCAAGAUUAAAAAUGUUAACUUUUGGGGGGCGGGGCCGGACCGCCGAGCUAGCUGGUCGCAAACAAGUGCAGCUCCUGCAAAACAACGACAAUUAAACUGAAAAACCAUGCCUAAUCACCUUUAAAACGACCACCAGCGACAGUACCCAGAGCACAGGGACUGCUGGACCUUGGGAGAGGCUGGCUCAUCGAGCUUCAGUCCCCGGGAGGAGAUGGCCACACUUCCACAAGCAGGGCCUUCUCUGGCGGUGAGUGGGGCGGACGUCCGCUGCCCCACUAUCCUGCACCACAGUACCCAGCUUGGGGCACGAAUCCAGGUGGAUCCGGACCCGUUUCUCCCCCCCCCCCUUGGACCGGUGGGGGUGAUCCCGGUCCUCACCCUGUGGCCCUACUUCAGAGAACACAAAUGGAGCCGGGGGACCCGAGAGCGGCCUCCAAGAUGGCGGGCGCCAUGUGUCGGGGAAGCAGGGGGAAGAUCUGCGCCAUCUUCGUGUUUGCAGCAGACAACAGGGCUCCAACACCCCAACCCUGCAACAGAGAGGGGCGGACAACCCACUACCUACCCUCGCACCCACACAUGCCGAAGUCAAGCGGUACAUGCGACCCCGGCAAGCGGAUCAUGGCGACCGCACUAGGGAGAUGGGAUGUGGCGCCACUACCACUCCAGCCCGGGAAAUCAGAGCCUGAAACAGAGAGCUACCUCCACACGAGGACCCACCUCACACUCACCUGCCGCCCAGCUCGCAUCACCGCGACCCAGAUAACGGCAAACUCAGGCGAUUACAACGUUACUACUACCCAGGCCUGACACCAGCCCUCUGAAGCAAGUUUCAUAACAGGAGGCGGCCAUUCAAGAACACUCAGCGAGGACCCCACAGAACAACAUGGACUAUGCCUGGAUACCUGCUCUGACGGACACUCGUUCCCUGCUACACAGCACUAGCAGAGCAGGUAUCACUUAAACUGAGACCUGCACCCUACCCCGGCAGUGUGGGCUUGGGACCACCCUGACACCAGCCUUCAUCACGGAGAAAACCCGGGUAACCCCCCUGAUACAUCAGGGUGCCAGAACUCUUAUGGUGACCUACUGGAAGCACACAAGCAAAUUAUUUAGCAUUCUGUUUUGUGUAUUAGCCUAAUGUACACGCAGUCUACACGGCACUUACAAGCACACACUCACAUAGAUAUCGCUGCCCUACAAGCAACGCACAAACCAACACACCACAUCCACACAGCAGCAUGUCAUACAAAGCCAAACGUACCCAACCAAGUGAGAACCUAUAUGACUGUACCCCUGACCUAGUUGUGCAUUGAUAGUUAUGACUGGAGGCUGAUACGCGAAACUGUAUAUCUCCCAAUAAUACACGGACCAACGACUGACCUAGCCAAUAAUGCAAACAGAGUGUAAUUCAUGUUUAAAGCUACCGUCCCAUGCUUAACUAAUACUUGCUACAUGACUCAAGCUUGUUUGCCUUUCGUUAGAAGUGUGUUCACAUUAUUUUGUCUCAACAAGUAGCCUACAUACAAACCAUCAGCUUAAGGGUUAAUACUUACGUUAUAUGCAUAUUUGACCUAGCAUGUCUACUACUAAUUGCUAAAGUUUCAUAGCCUGUGAUCUUCAUGUUAUAUAUACAUAUAUAAAAAAUGUGCUGUUUACAUUGCCACACUUUGUGAUACCUUGAAGACGCCUGCAGAUGCUGUUGUGGCCCUGCUCGCAUGUUGUUAACUCACGCACAAAUAAAAUAAAGAAUUAAAAAAAAAAAAAAAAGUUAACUUUUUUCUUCUUGAGGAGACUGAUGUGGUAGCGCUCUAACCUUGAAUUUAGUGGCCUUCUAUUCUUGUCUUGGGUGAAACAUAUAUCUUUAUUUUUGGUUCCUGUAACCAAUAAAAUGUACAUUUAUGCACCUACCCAGUGAAUUCUCCACUAAUGCUACAACUAGUUUACACUACUGCCUUUUUUGCCAGGACAUAACCCUUUGAUACUGUGAGCAUAAGCUGUUUUAACAGUGGUACUUAUGGCUUUCUUUUAUUUUUGACAAGGACAGAUAUGUUAGCAUUGCCAUUGGCUUCAUGGCUCAUUAAUCCAUUCUAUAUUUGCAAUUUAGUAAACUUCUACAAACUGCCUUUGCCACACCAUUUCCAGUGUCGGAAAGGUUUCCAUUUUUCUGUGGAAUGCUGUGCAAUUAUAGCUGCCAUUUUUUUGGACCUCUUUCAGACCAGGGUUUAAAAAUCAUUGCCCUAUACCCGUUACGCUGAAGCUGAACCCAAUAUUAUUUUAAGGUCCUGAGUUGUGCAAAAAUAUAUUCAGAGAUGUUUCAACAAUUUGCCUGCCAGUUUUUCCAUUUAAUUUAGUUAAUUUGUAUUCUUUUUUUUCUUUUAAUUUGGUAUGUUUUGUUUUUUUCUGUUCUGAAUUAUCAAAACAUUUUCCAAAUCCUAUCCUUCUAGAAUCAUCUAACCACUGUGGCCCUUCUUUUGGAGGCUGGGGCCUAUGUGAAUUUGCAGCAAAACCUUGGUGAAACCGCUCUGAUGAAGGUAAUUCAUUUAUUUAUUGUUUAUUUAUUCUUCUUCAAAAAUUUGAUAUUUUACAUUGGAAGGUUAGAGUAGGUUUUAAAAAAAAAAAAAAUAAUAAUAAAAAAAAAAAAAAAAAAAAUUAUAUAUAUAUUUUGGUUCGUGUUUAAAAAUAUUCAUGAUGGCGAAAAUAGUUAAAAUUUUUAAUUAUUUUUUUAAAAUCUUAUUUUAGACCUUAAACAGAGUAAUCUGUAGCAAGUGUUCCCAUCAUGAAGUUUGUUAUAUAUGGAUCUCACCUUUCUGUAAUUAUCUGCAUUCUUUAUUUAAGACUCUCAGCCCUUGUUCUUGUACAGUGACCUCUAUGCACAUUUCUUUUUUUUUGUAUAUUACCCACUCUAAUUUGUUCACAAAACAAAUUCACAAAUUUCACUUGGUUUUCAGCACUAGUCAUUUUUACCGCCUCUUUUUCAUUCUUUCAGUCAAAAACUGUACAAUUUCAGAUGUUCUUGCGUAUACAAAAUCUUUUUAUAGAACGUACUAGCUGGGAUAAAACAUUGAACAUCCAUAUAUAACAAAGCAAUUGUUCUUUCUCGUUUCUCCAGGCAUGUAGAAGAGGAAAUUAUGAUAUUGUGCGUCUUUUGAUAGAACAUGGCGCUGACUGUAAUGUACUGUCAAAGCACAACAACAAUGCUUUACAGUUUGCUAAUCAGUCCAAUAAUGUGCUGUUAUCUGAUAUGCUUAGAAACCAUAUGGAAACGUAAGUAUUUUCCACUCCUUCCUUCAACUGUUUAGUUUGUUCUAAUGGAGUUCAUUAUGAAAUUGUGAAUUGACAAGCCACAUAUAUAUAUAAAUACAUAAUCAGGGGUGUUGGAAUUUAAAAAAACAAAAACGACUUAUCCAGAGACUAAAGCGUUUGCCUAAUCUACUUGUCUGACAUGACAAUGAUACAUUUAAAAAAAAAAAAUCAAUGUAGUUUGUAUGUUUGUAGGUUAUGUAGUGUGUGUGUGUGUGGGGUGGGAUAGGCAAGUUGUGUGUGGGGUGGGAUAGGCAAGUAGUGUGUGUGUGUGUGUGUAUUGCGCAUAGUGUAGGGUGGGAUAUGGAUGUGUGUGUAGGAGACAGUGUGGGGUGGGUUAGGGGUAUGGGGUGAUAGGGAUGUAGUAUGGGCAGGAAACAUAGUGUUGGGUGGGAUAGAGAUGGCAGAGUGAGGGGAUGACAGGUGGCAGAGCGUGGAAAGGAGUGGGUGACAUAGGGAGUGAGGGGGUGCCUGGUGGCAGUGUGUGAGAGGGAGGGGGUGACUGUCGCUGAGGGAGUGACAGUGACUGAAGGAGGGUGUUAGUAAUACCUUUGUUUCCCUGGUAACCCACGGCAACACUCUGAUCGGCCAGAGAUUGCAGGAUAAGCACAGUCUGCAGCUCACAUGCAGCGGAGCUGCAGACUGUGUUGGCCCUCUCCCCGGGCAGAUGGGAGUGGCCUGGCACACAGGGCAAGCUGUCGGGUGACCGAGGACCCGACCAGUCACUCUGCUGCUAGCCCAAAGCAGGGCUUAAAACAAAAAAUAACUACCUGCCCGGCGUUGCAUGUUCCGGGCAUUGGGCGAUAGGAAUUGUGCAUCCCUGUAUAAUGGAGAUAAGAAGGCUUUAACUGGUUCUGCUUUGAAAAGAAGUGUUAAAAAAAAAAAAAAAAAGUAUUUGGAUUUUGAAUAGACCAGUGGAAUAGUGAAUAGAUAAGUUUAUGCUAAAUUAUGUUUUUGUUAGCCACUCUUAUGGAGCACUUCCUAAAACUUAUAGUACCUAUUGUCUCCCCAGAAAUAUGGUCAUUUAAGACCUGUACAAAAACACCAUCAAAGCAGUGAAGAUAAAACUGCCUUUGCUCACUUUUUCUUUUUACACACAUGCUCACUGUUGGAUCACUCAAUAUUCCUUUGUCUGGUGGCUCUGCUUUUGAUAUGAGAUAAUGAUGUAAUCUGCUUUCAUUAGGGGUUCAUUAAAGCAGGCAUCAACCAUAUUCGUGCUACAUUAUGUAAAAAAGAGAAAAAAAAUUGAAUUGUCUUUCUUCCACGCUAUCAUUUAUUUAAUGUUUAAUAUUUCUGAUUCUGUACCCAGUCCAACCCUUUUGUUUACAUCAAGAAGGGUGCCUGAAAACUCAAGAGAAAAAAGAAAAAAAUCUUAGUAAAAUCAAAAAAAAAAAAACUUUGUACAUCUGGCAUAUAAUCCGAACUCCGGAAUAAAUAUUUUAUGUUUUUUUGGGGAAAAAAGUUUAUACAGAAAAAAAAAAACUUAACUCCACAGGUAUUGGAGUGGGCAUGGUAGUCAAUCUCACAGGCUAAGUUCACACUGAUUUUUCUGUAAGAUUAUGAGUAAUGAUUAUGGUUUCGGUCACAGAUCUGAAAUGCAAGAGUGUUAUUUUAUGUGACUGUUUUAGAAAUGUGUAACUCUUUUUUGUUUAUUGUACAGUGGUAGUUUAAUUAUUUGCAUAUAUCAUAGUCUUUACCUAAUAGCUACACAGAACUCCAACACCUUUACCUAAUAGCUACACACAUCUGGAUUUGACUAUGAUUAGUAUUUAAAGAAUGGGGGCAACUGAGAAUAAUGAAAGCUAUUUUAUAAUGAGGUGAUGAUUUAGGCGUUUACAUGCAAUUCUUCUGAUAGGGCAACUUUGAAUUUACCCUUUCACUGCUUGACUGCCUGCCACUAUCCUUUCAGAGCAAGUACCCCUGGAUUAAAAUACAUGUAAGGGUAUAUUCUAGAGUGAGGAGUGUCAAGAUACACAGAUCCAUGUUUAACCCCUUCAAAGAAGAAUAAUCAUUGCACCAUCCAACACAGAAAAUAUGAUACUGAUUACUAGCCAACCUUUACUCCUGGUUAGUGCCUGACCUAUAAUACAUAAAGAUAACUAAAGGAAAAUGGCAUCCUGCAUAUUGCGCCAGCACUCCAGUGACAAUCCUUUGCUUUCCCAGAAUUCUUAAGGAUAAUGCUACAAUAUCCCGUAAACUUUUUUGAGUAGGAACUCAAAUUCUUAUUUCCCAUAGUCAAUGGUACCCUCUUAUAUUUGUUUAAAAAAAAAAAUACUGUGGUUACCACUGUAGAGCUCUGAUAGGCUCAUAAAUAUUUUCUAUUGAGCUGCUGUCAUUUUUAUAUAAACACUAAGUUUUUAUAUUUGCACGUAUCUAUAGGCUUACUCGAGUGGUGGAAGAUGCCAUAAAGGACUAUUUUGAGAAUCGACUUGCACUGCUGGAUGCGGUUUUUCCAAUUGCUUGUCACAGACUGUGUGAAGGACCAGAUUUUUCUUUGGAUUUCCACUAUAAGCCUCCAUCCAAAAUACCAGAAGGUAACUUAUUUUUUAUUUAUGUUUUUAAUCUAAAUCUAGUUAAAAUUCCAGUGUGUUUCUAGCAUUUACUUCAAAGUUCAAUAACUGUGAAAGAAGUCUAAGAAUGUCUGUCCCAUUUAUUGUCUUAAGAAGUGCUCUGUUACUAUGCAGACUGGGGGCGGCCAUUAGGGAACACUAGAGUCUCCCAUACCACUUCAUCUCAAUGAAAUGGUCUGGGUGCAGUGGUCCUGUCCUUUUCAUCCUGCAGUGUAAAACACUGCAGUUUUCUUUUUUUAGAAGCUGCAAGGUUUACAUUACAGACUUAAAAUCCACUUCUAGUGGCUGUCUUCCUGAUGCUGACCACCAAAAGAGGAACUGGAGGCUGUAGCAGAGAUUCCCCACUGCUGGAAAUGAGGUGAAUAAACCUUUUCUACUUACAUUUCUACCGCAAAAGGGGGUGGACAGAAAGGAACCCAUGUUUCCAUCGCCCCCUCCCCCCACCCCCUAAAAAAACUAUGAUUUACAAGACUGUUCCAUUUCAUUAACCCCUUCUGGACAGUCAAUAGUACACAUUCUGAUCAAAACUAAAUGUAAACAAAAACUGGAAUUUGCGCUAUAUGUCUGUUCAACCGUAAUUCACCUCUUUCAUAUUAAGUGCACCCACACUUAUUAUAUAUCAUUUUGUUCAGGAGAAACUGGGCUUUAAUUUCUCAUGAACUAUUCAUAUUUGAAACAUAAUUUAUUAUAAAUAAAAUUUCAAAAACUGAGAAAUUAAGAUUUAAAAAAAAUGUGUAGACAUUUUAGCUGUAAGUCAUAUCGUUUUCUUUUUUUUUUUUUUUUUUUAUUCUUUAUUUUUGUAGUGCAUAAGCUCAUAACAGACAGUUGUGAGGUACCCCAAAGGCAAUCCUCCAACACGUUAUAUAGACAUUUAGACAUAGAGGUACAUGAGAAAACUAGCACAAUUUUUAUGUUUAAGGAUGAUUAAAAUAAUAAACAGUCAUAGGUCUAUCAGCUAAUUCUGACUCCUGGCUGAAGGUAACAUCGCUGGUAUAUCUAAUUAGCUCAUUUUAGGCAACAUAGAAUAACAUUCUAAUUGAGUAAUACAGGCUUAGUCUAGCUCUUGUACAAGAGUGAAGUACAUAUGGUUAGUAUAGGCUAGCUGCGGGUUUAACCCCCGGCGCGCCUCUAGUUUCGUAUUUUAAUUAUAGUCAUGGGUCGGCAGCCAAAUAUUUUCAAGGAAGAAGAAAUAAAACCACAAUGGAACAGAAAGCGAUGAGGCAAUGUUAAUUUCUAUAAAUGCCUAACUCACUAUGCUAUAAAGCGUGUGUCACGUAAUAGGCUUGCAAAAGGGAAGCAAACUUAGUGCACUGGCCCUGGCUACAUGCAAUUUUAGUCCCUUACUAUGCUAAUUUAUUUUUUUUAUUUUUUUUGGAUCAGUAUGUGUCAAACGUAAUAUUGUUUCAGAUGAGCUAGUUACAACAUUUUAACGAUUAAUUAUACGAUGUACACCAGCAUUAUUAAUCCUAAGAUUUAGUCGGGCUAAGUAGCUGGUGGAGUGUAAAAGUUAAAUAAGACAAAAAAAAAUAUGCAUGCUGCUUAGGUCAGGAUAUAGUUACAUGCUAGUUGCAUUAGCAAAAGUUAUGGUUACUAACGCUGUAUUAGUUGACCAGAUUGGCCACAAUGCAAACGUGCUUGUUUCUUAGUUUAACAUAAAAUACCAUCGCUUUAAGGAUCAGAAAAUUAGUGAGGGUGACUGCCAUAUGUUUAGUAGCUUACGAUGCCGUACAUCGGUAGGGGUCAAGGUGUGAGAACCCUCAUUGCGGCACCAGUUAUAGAAGGGCAACAUAGGGAGGAUUAACAUAGGCUAAAUGGUCGGCCAGCAGUGUUCAUUUAAUGCACUUAAUCUCUGCAUUGGACAGCCAUAGUUACGUGGUGUAGGAAGUCCGUGUGUCGGCAGCUGUGAAUGUGCCCUCCAGGUGCACUUAUGGCGUGUGCACCUGAGGCAGGUCCUUCAGCCAAUGCCCAGCGCAUGGACGUGUCUCCUGUUGUCAGUGUUGAUCUCCCAAAAACUGUUCUGGCACUGGGGCUCCGCUCCAGCGGUAUCUAGCAGAGUGUUCAACUGUGCAGCUCCCCGGUUUGCAGCUGUGGCUUGGAGGGGUGAAGGUGAGCCCUGCUGAGCUGGUGAGUAGCUUGAGGUUGGCUUAGCAGUCUUGUUCUCUUGGGUGUGGGGGCCAUCGUAAUAUGGCAUAGUUUCCCGCCCUUGAGCUCGACGGUGUUUGUAGGGUCUAGUUGUCUUUCUGGGUGUUUGAAGUGGGUGCCUGUAAUGGCGCCGCCUGGUUGCUGGACGGAUCCACGUGGCCACCAGUUUCACUGCCCGGCGGUAAGCCAUUCCACGCUCACUCAGCAUAGACCAGAGUCUCUCACAGAGUUGGUCGAAGUCCCCCAGGGGGUCCGUGGUUGGUUGUGCUUGUGUGCUUUGUUUUUGGGGCCUUCGCUUGGCGGCCAUCUUUGCUGCUUCUCAAUGACCCAGUGAUAGCUGGUGCUGUGCCUGCUGUGGAGGACAGUCACCUCUGGGUUUUAGUCGCUGUGUCUCAGGCUUUUGUUGCCGGGAUAUCCCUCUCCGGCGGGGGGGGGGAGGAAGUAUGCCGAGGAGACCUCCAGGUGAGUGGCUGCAGUAUCUCACUUUGGCUGAGUAGGCCUCUAGCAGGCCUCGGGUCUAUCCCCGGCUAGAAGCCUCUGAUUUCGGUCGGGAUGCUUGGCUCUUGGCUCUGCAAUGUAAGGUCUCCCUUUUCCAGGUCGCUUAACCAUCGAUUUUGUGGGUUUUAGCCGUGAUUUUGGCUGUUUUGGAGCGUUUUUACACGGAGCUAGUCUCCAGUGCAACCUCUCAGCAUGGCCGCUUAGCUCCGCCCCCCAUAAUAUCGUUUUCUUUAACUGGGGGGUGUGUGUAUAUUUAUUUUAACAUGUCUAAUAUUUUUAUUUUUAAUACUUCCCAUCAGCAUGUCUAAUAUUUCAGACAGUCCCCCUGCUGGCAGAUCCACAGCCAGCUAUAGGGGGCCAUGUGAUCGCUCUUUGAGAGCGAUCACUUGGCCCCCGGGGGCCUCAUUUGCCGGGGGAAGGCUGCCUGGGCUGUUGGGCAGCCCUCCAGAAAAGGAUUGCGGCGGAGGUAAGUCCACUGGACCUCCAGGGAUAGAAAGCCGUUACGGCGUUCUAUGCCGCCGCAACGGCUUUAAAGCCCUUUUAAUGCGGGACGGCAUAGAACGCCGUAACGGCGUUAAGGGGUUAAUCUUUGUCUAUGCAGUUUCUUGUCACAGAACAGGUUUUAAACUUGAGUGUGGGUGUUACAUUAGUUUCAUCGGGUAAAGGGACAGAAGGGAAGUAAGACUAUAAUAGCUCCUAUUGCAAUUGACUAAAUUAUCUUAGCUGUAACAACUGCUAAAUCAGUAAAUAUAUCAAACGUUGAACAUGGCAUAACAGAUUCACUUUAAAGGGAAUCUGUUGUGCUUAACAGUACCCUUUGAAAAGCAGUAAAUUCCAUCUCUGCAUUGUGCUAAGUUUAUUUAAAUUCAAUAUUUCUCCUGCUUGUAAAUCAAUUCUUCAGCAUAGACUCUGUCGAUGAAUAGAAUGAUAAAGGAGAGCAGAAGAAACCACCUACAGGCGGUCCUGCAGGGCUCUCCAUGCUGUGGUUGCUAUGGUAACUUCCUAGCUGACCCUGCUAACGCUGGCUUAGGGAGUACAGGAACGAACUGACCUCACACAGUUCAAACUCGGGCAUACUGGCAAACUCAGUGUGCCGGCGUCAUAGGAGGUUUGCCCUCCGUGAGGAAGCGUUUUAAAGCAAGGCAAAUCAGAAACUACUGUGGGGGAUCGAGGGCAGACCAAAAGUGGGCAGUGCGGCAUGGGAACAGUGGGUAAGAUUCCCUUUAGGAUCUCUAGUUUUCUGCUUUGUACCAUAUGUUAGAUCUUUCUUUAAUUGAUAACUUCAAUUAAGCAUUUCUAGUGAUACUUUAUUUAAUUUUGCAGGAUCGGGUGUCUUAUUGUUUGUAUUUCAUGCAAACUUUUUUGGUAAAGAAGUUGUGGUGAGACUCUGUGGGCCAUGCAGUGUACAGGCGGUGGUAUUAAACGACAAAUUUCAACUCCCAAUAUUUUUGGUAAGUGUUUCAUUUUUCGUGUGUGUGUGUUAUACGGAUAGAUAGAGAUAUAUAUAUUAGUCCAGUGAUGUAAAAAACAGAUAAAAUUAGUAUCUUGGUAUCUUUUAAUACCUUUAUUUUUAUUGGACUAACAUAAUUUUUUAAUGACAAGCUUUCGGGAGAACCUCCCUUUCUCAAGUCUGAAGCAUUUCUGAGCAAGACACAUAUAGAAUUCAAAGCUGAGUUGUGAUACAGGGGUUUAAGCGACAUGAGUGUAGAAAUGACACAGGUUUGUUAGAAAAUAGACACCAUUUUUGCAGAGAGCUAUAAAUAUCUUUCUGAGAGCAGAGUGAGGGGGGAGAGAGGGAGAAGAAAAACAAUGGCGCACAUCUGCUGUGACUCCCUCUCUGGCUUCAAUGUCAAAAUACUUCUAUUGGAGCACCAGUGAUAGGCUGAGGGUGUUGAUGUUCUCAGCCUGUCACUGGCAUCGCAACAGAAAAUGUUUCCAAGCUGGAGAGGGAGGAAGGGGGUCAGCCAAAGGAAAGGCUUGUGCAUGCAAGCUGGGGCCGGAGAGGGAGCAAGAGUUUAAAUGUGUUCCAUAUCACAAUUAUGGCAUAGCCCUGAUUACCUGCCCUGCAAAACACUGGUGAUUCCCAGAAAUGUUCUGAGACUUUUCUUUUCUUCUCUUCUAGGAUGCCCACUUCAUUUAUUCCUUCAGUCCCAUUAAUGGUCAAAAUAAACUGUUUAUUAGAUUAUCAGAGGUACCAACAGCAAAGGUAAGCUGGGCAGGAUUUGUGUUUUGUUUUGCAUUUAUAUAUUUGUAAAUCUAAAUAAUAAUUGUGGCGAACUGGAAAAUUUAUUGUAAAAUCUGAAUAGGAAGGUUUUUCUUUUUUUUUUUUUUUUUGGAUUUUAAAUGAUUUCCCCAACCAGAGUGACUUAUUUUGCUGCGUUUUUUAUUUUUUUUAUUUUACGGUGACUUUCACUACUGGAUUGGACAGGAGCAUAUUUUAAUUCACAGACUGUUUUAGGUAUGUUAGGUGCAAUUCUUUCUGUGUGAUAACUAAUGUAAAUUACCGUUAGUGUUAGUAAGGAUUAAAUGCUGAUUUUAAUACUUUUUUGCAUUCUUUUUAUUGCAAACACCCAUUCGUACAAAUGGUAAAUCUCCCAUGUUUCUACCCACAGGUGAAGCUGCUAAUUUGUGCGUAUAGAGUUCAGCUGCAGUAAAUCAAGAUGCAUCUCCUGGCUCUCUCCUCCUUCCAUUUCAUACUCAAGUGGCAAUCCAUUUGGUGUGCUAAGAUACUGUAACAUAGAUGGGUCGAGCUUUGAAAGGACAAUCAACUUCUGGCAUUGUUUCAUGUCACUUACACAGUUGCAUAAUUUUAUUCUGAAUCUCAUUCAUUCUUUUUGGUUUCCAUUUAUUUGAGACAGUUUUAAUAAGGUGUGGACUAGUACCCACUACGCCAUAUUCUGUGCUUUACCAUCAAUAUGACAUGCUUUCGUAGCAAUUUGUCAUUCUGUGCCCUUACUCUAUUUCUGAAGUGUGGUUUUUUUUAGUUUUUUUUUUUUAUUAUUAAUAAUGAAGUCUCUGUACUAGACAGUUUUCCCUAGCACAAUGACAUUGUUAACUCUCGCACUUUUAGUAUUGAAUGAUGUGAGCUCAACAGCUGAGCUGUGACUGUGGUUCAAAGUGUUUUCGUGGACUGAUGUAGUGACCCCGUGGAAUGAGAAAAUGCUCCUGGAAUCCUUUUGCACAGAUAGAAUUGUCAUUCCUGGAUUUGCUAUAGAUAAAGCAUCCCAUCGUGGAAAUGGGAGAACUUUUAACUGCUCUUCUGAGCACCAGCGUUAUGCAGUGUUCAAGUCUGUACUUGUAACAAUUAGAAUUGUUACACACAACCAAGAUAAAAUAUUUAUCAUUGUUUCCCUGAGUUUCUACACUCUAGCUUAGACCCGAUGGUCAGGUAAAUAAACUGAUGGAAAUAUUUCCACAAUGUGGAAUGAUGCACAUUUAUGUCUGUUUUACAGUUUAUUAAUCUCUUGAAUAAUACUUAUGGUUAGUCAGCUUGCUUUUAACAUUAUUUGCUUUCCAAUAAAUGUGAUGGCCAGUGAUCAGCAAUUAUUUUGUUUGUAUGCAUAAUACAAGCAACAAAAGUAAGUUUCAUUCCUCUGGUCUCAUCCUGCCGGUCAGCAAGACCACAGUAAACAUGGCAAAACCACUUCAUUCACAAGACAGAAUCAUGUUGGACUGCUUGCUAAGACUUAAGGGGAGACAAUAGGCAUGCUUCACACAAAACGCUAUGUAAAUGCAUUUGCUAGGUUUUGAUUAACAAUGUUUCCACCCCCUUAGCCACACUUCUUCCUCUCUCAAAGCAUCCUUAUUUGGAGUACUUUGAAUAUGUGCUCAGCUAAUAGGUCCGUGUAAGCUGAGCUGCUAUUAUGUCCCUCCACAGCCAGUCACUAUUCUUAUAUUUUUAUUUGCACGAAGAUGGCUUUUUAUUUAAAAUAAAAUAUAAAGAUAAUUAAGAGUGCUAUAUGGUUCAGGGUUUGCCCAGUAUAGGAACCCAGGUUAUGUGAAUAUCCAUAGUUUAUAUUUUUGUAUAUUCGUAUUCCCAGUAUUUGGUUAUGUGUCAGUACAGUGCUUUACAACAUCUGUAAAAAUGCAUGAUAUUAACAUACUUAAAAUUGUAAAUUAAAUGUUACUGUCAAAGGUAACGCACUCCUAUAUGCAGCUUCUUCUAAUGUGUGUUUUUUUUUUAUUUUUUUGUUUUUUUUUCAGUUUUCAUACAAACAUCAUCAUGCAAACAAUUGUAACUUUAAAUAACUGUUUGUUGACAGCAGAUCAAAGCAGGAGGGGAACUAUGGAAAUUCAUAGAAUAAAGGGAGAGAGGGGAAGUUAUUUCUGGGGAAAAGUUAGUCAUGUAGAG